GUCAUGUCGGCGCUGAAGUCAGGACGCUCUCUGUUAGAGUAGUCAAAAUAUCAGUUUAAGAAACUCAUUCAGUUAUUAUUAUACCCGAGAUACAUUAUUGUAAGAUUAUGUUUUAAAGGAAAGCGAGGUAUCCGUCACAUUAUCGAUUUAUUUUGAGGUAAAGUAAGUUUAUUGACGACUUCUCCGUCAGGCUUUCUCUUCUUGAUUGUUAACGUUAGCUAACGUUACGCUGGUAAGCUAAGUUAAUAUGAUAAAACCGUCAACACAGCAGUGGCUGUCUGGCGUUUAUGUAUCGUUACCUAGCAGAGAGUAAGCAUGUUGUAGGAAGCGUGGCAUUUAUUCAGGACGUUGUAGUGAAAUCAGCGGAAAUAGUUCAUGCUUGCAUCUCAUAAAAAGUGCUUAAUAUCCAAAUCUUGAUACUCCCUUUAUUCUUACUAACGUUAAUGUCACUAACGAUGGUUCUGUAACUGCAGGUGAAGUAACGACUCGUAGCGUUACAUACGUGUAUGAAGUAACAUCGUUGCCUACAGAAUGCCCUGAUUAUCAUUUUAUCUUUAUUUCUGGACAUGAUAUGAUUGUUAUGAUAGUCAAUGAGACUUUAUAUGCUUUCUUGGUUUCUCAGUUCAAGCCAUGGCCUCUCUAUCAGAAGAGGUGCUGCUGGUGGUGAAAAAGGUCCGCCAGAGGAAGCAGGAUGGCACACUUUAUCUAAUGGCUGAACGCAUAGCCUGGGGUCCGGAGGGCAAAGACCGCUUCUCAGUCAGCCACUUGUAUGCAGAUAUCCGCUGUCAAAAGAUCAGCCCAGAUGGUAAAGCCAAAAUCCAGCUGCAGCUGGUGCUUCACACCGGCGAGAGUACCACAUUCCACUUUUCCAAUGAGAGUAGCGCGCUCAAGGACAGAGAUGCUGCCAAAGAGCUGCUGCAGCAGCUGCUGCCCAAGUUUAAAAAGAAAGCCAACAAAGAACUGGAGGAGAAAAACAGGAUGCUUCAAGAAGAUCCAGUGCUUUUCCAGUUGUAUAAAGAUCUCGUGGUGAGCCAGGUGAUCAGCGCAGAUGAAUUCUGGGCCAACCGGUUAGGAGACAUAAACAGCGCGGACUCUGCUGUAUCCAACAACAAACAGGAAGUCGGUAUAUCUGGAGCCUUUCUGGCAGACAUUAGGCCUCAGACAGACGGCUGCAAUGGCUUGAGAUAUAAUCUGACAGCUGACAUAAUUGAAUCCAUCUUCAGAACAUACCCUGCAGUGAAGCAGAAGUAUAGUGAAAAUGUGCCUCAUAACCUGACGGAGAAGGAGUUCUGGACCCGCUUUUUCCAGUCCCAUUAUUUCCACAGAGACCGCAUCAACACAGGAACACAGGACAUCUUCUCAGAGUGUGCCAAGCAGGAUGAAAAAGGGUUAAAGUCCAUGGUGGUUCAGGGAGUGAAGAACCCUUUGGUCGACCUCCUGUCGUUGGAGGAUAAAACAUUAGACGAGGGUUAUGGAGUUGGCACAACAUUGCCAUCAACUUCGAACAGGACGGUGAAGGACAGCAGCAACUCUGCCAUUAUAAAGCGGUUCAACCAUCACAGUGCCAUGGUGCUGGCAGCAGGCUCACGCAAAGGGGAGGCUCCGGCUGACCAAGCGAGUGAGACGAGCAGUACAGAUGGAAACUCGAGGGAUUCUGACUUCUUCCAGCCUCCUGUAAAGAAGGUUAAAUUACAAGAAGCAAUAGAAUAUGAAGAUUUGCAAAGGGAAAACCGACCAAAAACAGUUGCGUUAAACCUCAAGAAGUCUGACAGGUAUGCUCAUGGUCCUGUGCCGCUUCAGUCCCAACACUAUUCAACAAGCCAGGAUAUCAUCAACUCUGUCAGCUACAUCCAGCAUGAGAUGGCCAAUUACAAACCCAACCUCACUCAGGUGCUGUCCAGCACAGCAGCUAGCUCUGCCAUUUCAGCACUUUCUCCAGGUGGCGUCCUCAUGCAGGCAGCAACACAGCAAGCCAUUAAUCAGAUGGUACCUACUGAUAUUCAGGGAGAGCUGAAACAUCUUUAUGUAGCUGCUGGGGAGUUGCUGAGACACUUCUGGUCCUGUUUUCCUGUAAACACACCGUUUUUGGAGGAGAAGGUGAUAAAAAUGAAGUCAAACCUCGAGAGAUUUCAGAUGACCAAGCUUCGUCCUUUUCAGGAGAAGAUUCAGCGUCAGUACUUGAGUACAAAUCUCACGGGGCAUUUGGAGGAGAUGCUGCAGACAGCUUAUAGCAAGUUCCACGUCUGGCAAACCCGCCGCAUGAUGAGAAAAACCUGAGGUCUGCUGGUUUGUCAAAGAGAGGACAAGGAAGAUAUUACAGUGUAUGGACAAUGACCUGAGAAGGUUCUCCAGAGUGCUGUGAAGAGACCACAGAUCACAGCCUGAUGGGACCCACAGGGGCUUAAUGAGGACAUAAAUGGACGCUGCUCCAUCCUCAACUGUUCAACAGAGACUAACUGCAACUCAGUUACAAAUAACUGUAAUUAGUUUCUUUAUAUUUUGUUUGUUUUUUUCUCAAUGGUUGAGAUUGUUGCCAGUAAUGGUUUAACAGGACUUUUAAAAUGGAGUUAUAUGACCAAAUUUGAAAAUGGAAAAUCAGAAAGGCACUCAGGACAACAGGCUGAUGUGUGAAAUGCAAGCAGAGUACUGCCAACAUGCGUUUCAUCGGUGCACGGUGUAGAGAGCGAGCGAAAGAGAGAGAGAGAGAGAUCUUGGACACCCUGCUGAGGGGUGAAUUUGUGGAACAAAGUUCCAGUAAAUCUGAAACAAAAGGUGAAGUGAAUAUAGCAAUACUGUAAAGACAUUUCACAUUCGAGUGUGUGUGUGUGUGUGUGUGUGUGUGUGUGUGUGUGUGUGUGUGUGUGUGUGUGUGUGUGUGUGUGUGUGUGUGUGUGUGUGUGUGUGUGUGUGUGUGUGUGUGUGUGUGUGUGUGUGUGUGUGUGUGUGUGUGUGUGUGUGUGUGUGUGUGUGUGUGUGUGUGUGUGUGUGUGUGUGUGUGUGUCUCUCAAAUCACACUGUCACUGGUUUGUAAUGUCUGCACCUUCUGUCUGCACUGAAGACAAAAAUAUCACUGAAUUAAAGUGAGCUUUUUGUUCAUAGCACUGUCUAUUGAAACUGCAGUUUGAAUCAACGGUAUCUCAUUUUUUUAUGCAGAAACGACUGUUUUUCUGUCGUGGUACUUUAUAAGCUACAACAUACCUGUAGAUGUUGCCUCUUUAAAUGCACAUCUUUAACAGCUUUGCUUUGGUGUAUAUGGACUUAUAUAUGGCAGUGGUGGAAUGUAAUUAAGUACAUUUACUCAAGUCUAUGACUCAAGUACUGUACUUAAGUGCAAUUUUAAGUUAUCUGUACUUGAGUAAUUUUAUGUAACUUUAUACUUCUACUCUACUACAUUUCGAGGCAAACAUUGUACUUUUUACUCCACCGCAUUAAACUUUGGUUGCUUUUCAGGUCAAGAUUUAACAUAAAGAACAUGAAACAUUUGGAGCGGUUAGACUUUUAAUUAACCCUCAUAACAGUAUAUAUAAAACGCUGCUUACAUAAAUGCAUCACUAAAAAUAAUCUAAUAGAUUUAGAAUAUAGCUAUAUAACAAUCUGCGUGUGGCCAUUCUCCACAAUAAGUACUUUUACUUUUGACACUUUUAGUACAUGUUGAUACUGGUUGUUUUGUACUUUUACUUAAGUGUUGAAUACAGGACUUUUACUAGUAGUGAAGUCAUUUUGCAGUGUGGAAUUAGUA